AAAAUUAAAUAAAUAGAAAAAAUGGAAGAAAAAAAGUAAACAAAAAUGGCUUGGGCAGAAAGUCUUUCCAAAAAGCUGGCAUAUAUAUUAAGACAUGGAGCUAAAUCAGAAGGAAUAAAUAUAGGUUUAGAUGGAUUUGUAGAUAUAGAAGAGUUAUUAAGUCAUAAUAAAUUUAAAAAUAUUACAUUUAAAUAAAUUCAAUACGUUGUAGAAAAUAAUGAUAAAAAACGUUUUGAGUUAAUUAAAAAAUAAGAAGAUAAUAAAUAUUAUAUUAGAGCUUCUCAAGGACAUUCAAUUAAAGAUAUAAAUGAUGAGUAAUUAUUACAAAUUUUAAGCUUAGAAGAUGCGAAAAAGUUAGAUGUAGUCGUCCAUGGAACUUAUUAAUAACAUAUUAAACCCAUUUUGGAAUAAGGGCUCAGUAUAAUGGGUAGAAAUCAUAUCCAUUUUGCAAUUGGAUACACAUCAGAUAAAGUUAUAUCUGGAAUGAGGAAAACCUGUGAUAUUUUUAUUGAAAUCGAUGUUAUAAAAGCUAUUAAUGAUGGUAUAUAGUUUUUUGUUUCUAAAAAUAAUGUUAUUUUAAGUAGCGGAAAAAAUGGAAUUUUAGAAAGCAAAUAUUUCAAAAUUGUUAAAAAUAAUAAAAAUGAAAUUAUAUUUCAAAAUAAUUGAAAUAUUCAUUAUUGCUUUUAAAAGUAAUCAAGUUUUGAUUUAUAUUGUUAUAUAUUUAUUAAUAUUAAUUUAUAUAUUUUUAUAAAAUACUCUUUUAUGUAAAAAAAAAUAUAUACUUACUUCUUAAUGAAGAAAAUAGAUAAUUUUCUAAUUUUUA